UCAUACGAUAUUUUGUUUGUGAAGUGGCGCGUUUUCAUUGAGUCGUGCGGGAGGCAUGGCCAACGGCGUCACGUAGCGCGCUGUUAGCAAACAUGUUUUGAUAAUAGUAUAAAACUAGUUGUUUAUUUACAAAUUUCUCAGUACUAACUCAAUAUUCAAAGAAGAAGGUGCUCACAGUUUUUAAAACAACCAUUUAAAAAGACAUUCAAUUUUACGAGGACAUCUUUAUAAAAAGUUUACGUGAUAAAAGAAAGUGAACUGAACGAGAGUGAAGUGAAUGUAAAAAGUUUGUUUUGGUUCGCUCGGCUGCGAUUGGCAGAACUGUUAUCGUCCGAUUUUACGUCAUUCGUAUCUGUCAUUGAUUUAUUUAUAUUUUUCGCCAAGGCUUUCCGCAAAUAUUAGAUUUGUGCUACAGCUGUGAAUCGACACAGCUUCUGUGAUAACGUGAUAUCCAAUCGUCGAGAUAGUUCUUUGUAUUGUGACAUUACGAUAAACCAAGUGUGAAGUGACGGUCGCGAGCGUACGUUAUUCGCCUAAGAUUUUGCUCCGCAUCUAUAAUUUAGAUUAAAAACUAAGUGAUUGGUGUAUACAUUAAUAAAAUAGACUGUGUUUUACGUGCUUUGAGAUCUAAUAAAGCAUUAAACAUGUCUUCGUUGGGCAGUCAGUGGCGGAUAAUUAGGCACUAUCUGUCGAUGACCAACCUGAACUCUGAAGUUGAAAAACUAGUGCAGAGAAUGAAGCCAGCCUCUCCCGAGCAGUGGGACAAUUUAAUAAGAAAAUUCGAAAAAGCAGUCACAGCUAGGUUAUCAACUACGACCAAAGAAAUAGAACCAGCGCUUGACAAAAAAUCCAUUACUAAAGAAACACCUGCCGCAAGCACAACAGAUGAAAGACCCUUUAAAAUACCCAAUCACGAUGAGAAGUUUCCUCAGGAAGGUCUGUCGGUGGGGUCGGAAGCCAAAGAGAUCACUAUGGAAGGCCUAUGGCAAGGGUUAAAGCUUAAAAAGGAUACUCACUUUGGAAAAAUAUCGGAGAGCAGCUGGAAAUCUAAUAAGCCUAUAGUCACAAAGACUUCCAUCCAUUCCCGGACGGCAUACGUCAUAUCGGCGCUUGUGACGGCGGAGACGACAGAAUGCCUCAUGAGGAGGACAGAGCAUUUCAUCGACCAUUUGAAACAAUAUCCCGAGUCUAGAGACUAUGCUAUUAAGGAGGGUGCAGUGCGAGCUCUUUUAAGGGUACAGCGAAGACUGAAUGAUGAUCAACCAAUAACUAAAGAGACUGCUGGCAUUGUUAAAGAGGCCCUAGCCCUAAUGGGUUACACCGGCCCCACCAAAGGCCCCGGCCCCAACAUCCUGUCCAUCGACGGCGGCGGCAUCCGGGGCCUCAUCGCCAUCGAAGUGUUACGUCAUCUAGAAAGGCUCACCGGCAGACGGGUGCAGGACAUGUUUGACUAUAUCAUCGGAGUCAGCACUGGGGCUAUUAUAGCUGCUGUCAUUGGCGGAGGAGUGGGCACGCUUGACACUGCUAAUCAAAUGUACAUGACGCUUUCGAAGGAAAUGUUCGGGAACACUCAUUGGAUUGGAGGUACAUCUAGGUUAGUGUGGACACAUUCCUACUACGACACAGAUGCGUGGGAGGCGUUAUUGAAGAGGAAUUUGGGAGAUUGUACUCUUACGGAGUGCAAUAGGAAUGAUACGCCUAAAAUGGCGCUAGUAUCGUGCGUAGUAAACGCCGGCUCGAAACUGUCCCCCUUCCUCUUCCGUUCAUACGAAUGUCCGUUCCGUGUGCGCUCCGUGUUCCCCGGCACGGCGCGCGCGCAGCUGUGGCACGCCGUGCGCGCCUCCGCCGCCGCGCCCACAUACUUCAACGAGUUCCGACUGAACAAUCUGUUGCAUCAGGACGGCGGCAUAAUGGUCAACAACCCAACCGGCGUCGGUCUCCACGAAGCCAAACUCCUUUUCGGUGCGAAAGCUCUCCAAAACGGAACAGUCAUCUCCGUUGGUACCGGCAAACCUCUUCACAACCACCUUGAUUAUCAAAAUCUAAGCAAGGGACUGCAGAAAGAAGAACCUGGGACCAGUUGGAAGGACAAGUUUAACAAGAUUUUGGACUCUGCUACCGAUACCGAAGGUACCCAUCUAGUGUUGAACGACCUCCUGCCCCCGGGCAGCUACUACCGCUUCAACCCUCCCCUGAUGGAGGAGUGCGCAAUGGACGAGAUCAACCCCGACAAACUGAACAAUCUAGUCACCGACACACAGGCCUACAUCCGCCGGAACCAGCACAAGUUCCAACAGGCCGCCGCCAUGCUGGUACGAAAGCGGACCAUCGCGCAGAAGGUAAUGGACUUUGUCGACUACCAGAGCCAGAUAAUGGGCGUCGCGGCCAAGUGACGGUUAAAGUCAUCAUCAUCAGGUCGCUGAUGAAUGAUGAACGAAUGAGUGAAUGAUAGUCUAGUCCAACGAGUGGAGAGAAUCUGUUGAGGGUGUUCCAGGGUUCAAAAAUAUGAUUUUUCGAUCAUAUGAAAAGUGCUGCUUGUUAAAUGAAAGUUGAUUAAAUUGAAGCAAGGACUUUAAUGUAAAUAAUCUAUUGUGAGGAGUUCCAGGGUUAGAAAAUAUGAUUUCGUGUGAUUUUGUUCAUACAAUACAUGAUUUGAUUCAUAAUUUUAUCAUCGGAAGAGAUUAAAAUAUACUUAGCGAAAUUAAAGUGUUUUAAACCAGAUGGGUAAUAAAUCGCGGUUAAAAUUAUGGAAAAUUACAUAAUCGAAUCACACUUGUCCAAUUGGAAACUUAGGUCAUUCCUAUUUGUCCUAUCCUAUAUUUUACAAUCAUGGUCCUAAUGAAGAAACGAGUGGGAAAUAUCCCAAAGCAUUUUGUGUUGACUAAUGAUUGACAUGGAAUUGAUUUGUGUUUAUUGAACGAAUAUGUAUGUAUGCCAAUACGGGUGUAACGGUAAUAAACAUGUAUAUACAUUUUAAUCUUAUUGCACUGACAUAGGGUGAAUAAGUGUAUCUUAUGCUUUGGAUGGUGAACUUGGCACUUAUAGUGUCAACAAUUUAUUAUUAAAUUAGACGGGUGAAGAUAAUGGUCACUUUUAUACUUUAAUAUGGACGCUAAAAUCCAUAUCAAAUUUAAAACGACUGUUAAUAUCCAUACAUUUUGCUACUUUCCUUUAUUGUUACGACGUGCUGGUAUUGGUGGACGUGGGCGUUUACUAUAACCUCGUGAGGCCCGCCAUACAAUGUUUCUUUAUCUUUAAUUUGAACCUUGUUGUAUAGAAGAUUAGGGUGACUUUCGUUCGUUUUAGAAAACAGUGAAACAAAAGAAAUGCUACUUAAUUCAGUAAGAUAAGCUUCAAAUUAGAUUGAAACAGAGUGUACAUUGUAAUGCACAUUGGGCCUUACGAGGAUAAAGUAUGAAAGCGACGAAUCUUGUGCCUAUUUUAGUGAUAUACACGCUUAACUUGGCUUUAUACAUUCAAAAGUAUAAUGAAAAGUUUAUGCACGGCUCCUAAGCCUAUGAUCCCAACCCAGAUCGCUUAGCAUGACAUGUCAUGUGCCACUUCAAGUAUGGAGUCGCACGUGACAACACAAGUCAUGCUAAGCGGUCAGGAGUGGUCAACCAAAACUCACUAGCAAAUCUAUCCCUAUUCUGUGAAACGUAAUACUUUACCUUUGUGUAGAAAUUCAAGAAAAGAAAUUGAUAUGUUUAUGUAGGUAGGGAGACCGAGUAGCGUUUAUGGAAUCUAUUAACAAAUAACGAGCUCGCUAUAGCGCGCGUUUGUUACUUCAAGUUACGAGCUAACAAACGCACUGUUGCGAGCUCGCUAACAGUUAAUUAGUAGGUUCCGAAAAAUCGACGAUAUCACAACUCUCCUCUGUCUCAAUUCACCUCGGUCUCCCCUAUAUGAUGCUUAGUGAAUUUUGGUUGCCAACUGACGAUUGAAAGGCUGAUAAAGUAUGAAGGAUGUGUUAAGGAAAAGGUUUUGCAAAAUUACUACGUAAUUAACUAUGUUUUGUAGAUUAUAUGUCUAACCAACAUUGGUUGAGAAGGUUGUAUAACAUUCGUACUACAAACAUUCGAAUAUAAUAAUUAUAAAACUAGUAUAAGAAAAUACCAGUUGCAAUGAAAAUAUUAUAAUGCUCACUAUAUUGAUUUAUAAAAAAAUAUUAAAAAUAAAUAAAGAAUACAUGUAUCUGUUGAUGUCCACAUCAAAAUGUAUUACUCGUUAAUUUCAUACAGUGCAAUUUGUUUUUAUAAGAUUUAAUAAAAAUUGUUUGUAGUUUUAGUAGUUACUGAUAAAGUUAAAUAUAUUGCAUUUCUAUAAAUAUUGUUAAUUAAUUGUAAGUACUAAACAAUGUAAUUAUUUUGACAAAAAUAUAUCACGAACAUUUUGCAAUAAUAGUUCUAUAAGUACCUUUUCCGAAAAAUAGUUACAUUUGUUUUAUAUAGAAAGAUUCCCAGUCCCCAGACGACCGGUCUGGCCUAGUGGGCCUGUCUACGAAGCUGAUGGUCCUGGGUUCGAAUCCCGGUAAGGGCAUUUAUGUGUGCGAUGUACACAGAUAUUUGUUCCUGAGUGAGUGAGUGUGUUUUCUAUGAAUAUAAGUAUUUAUAUAUUACCUAUGUAUAUUUUUGUGUGGACCCACAACACAAGCCUUCUUGAGCUUACCGUGGGGCUUAGUCAAUUUGUGUAAAAAAUGUCCUAUAAUAUUUAUUUAUUUAUUAUUUUAUUUAUCUAUUCCCUUUUUAAUCAUUUCCGAGUAUGUAGAUUUAACAUGUUAUAUUGUAGAAUAAAUCAUCUAGUCAGUUAGGUACACUACCAUAGUGUAGUUUUUUUAUGUAGUAUUUUAGAUACACCAUAGUGUAAAAUUUUAAUUGAUAGCAAUAAAUUUAACAUAUUUGUUAGUUUUCCACAAUGUGAUAAUGAUAAAUAAACAAAAAAUUUAA